AUCUGCAGGUACUUCCGGUCAUUGAAAACCUGCCUGGCGCCAGUAUAGAGGGCCUCGGAAUUAUGACUGGCAGCGGGGGACAGGACACAAGCGAGCAGGAACGAAGGAGGAGGUCAGUGGUACACGAGGGGACAUACGGGGAGAAUGCGACAAUAGAAUUUAGGUAUUCUAUGUACACUGGUAACACAGGCAAGCUGGAGGGCAACUGGUCAUCACAACAGCCAGACAUAGGAAAUACUGACAAGGCUUUCCAGGGAAACACAGAGGACGUCUCCGUUGAAAAAAUGAUGCACAUUUUCGAAAAUCUGAGACAGCUCAGGGAAACAAAACAAGACGAAAAGACUCUACAUUUUAGAGACGGCGUAGUCUCAUUCAGUAUCAUGGACGAAGUAGACAAAUUUGAAGAACGACAGAAACCAGUUUCUGUAGACGUGGAGCUGUUGUACCAAAAAGACGUAGAAAGACACAGCAAUUUAAAGACAACUUUGAAAAAAGCGAAGAACAGUUCCCUGACGUCUUCGAUUCUCCGUGAAAGUAUUAAUCAGCUCAGAGAAAGACAUAUAGAACGGUAUUUCACCGACCGAGGUGGGCUACGAAGUAUGAAGCUCAAAAGGGCGGUUGUGUUUGAUGACCAGUCAUUCGAUAGAAUGAUGCGAAUUUUCCGCAAAAUGGCCAGCGUGACUGCAUCCAACUGUAAGCAGCUUUCCAACCACCAACUGUAUCUUCCAGGCGAUGUCACUUACGGGGUAUGGACACAGUUCGAGUCUGAAGGAAGGACAGCCUUGAGGCUGAGUCAUUUUCUAUCCGUGUAUUUGCAGAAUGUUUUGCCAGAGGAAAACUUUGGAGACCUAAGAGGAGGAGGUCGGCUGCAGAUUGACCAUAUGUAUGGGGAAGUUAUCGCUAAUGUCAUGGGCAAUUUUAAAAUAUAUUCAGCCGGGGUAUUUUUCGACAGAUACAAAUUCGAAAAUCAGGAUGGAACCAGAAGAGAGCUUUUUGGUCCAUGGGCUUUCCGGAAGAGUGGGUCAUUCUUUGCUCUUGAUGCCGCUGGACUAAAAUCCCGUUAUGUCACUGAGGACUGGUUCAUCCGAUCAAAGGCUAGGUUCAUGGCAAACUUCCAGAAUGUCAAACAGUACAAGAUACGUGCACAUAUAAGAUCCGACCCUAACGGCACCAGCUCAGUACGCCACGAAUACUACCCAUUAACUUACCGAGCUGCGUCCUACGAACAAGGUUUCUGGACCAAACCUCACUUUAGGUGCGAUGGAAACGUGGACACCUGGGUUAUGACUUAUGUGAGUCCAUUCUUUGGCAUGGACCGUCUCAGGAAACGAUUAGAAUUCAGGGGCGUUACCACGGUGGAUGUACCUUUAAACCUCUUGGAAAUAAACCAGUGUGCGCAGUCAUUUUCAGAAGCAAACGCCUUCAAAAAUACAGCGCGGUGUGACUAUUUCUCUACAACGUGCGUUCCCCAGCCAGGGUUUCCGUUCAUGCGGGGCUCCUACCGUUGUUUGUGCAAGUUGGGAUUCGAAUACUGGCAUGCAGAUGGCAAGUUCUGGAUUGAAGGAUCUCUUCUAGAGCUAGAGUUUGAGAAGAAGAAAGCUGGGAUGUUCAGUAGAUUUGAUCUUCUGACGUGUCGAGUAGCCAUGGCAACAACAGCAAUGGCCUCCAAGCUGUAUCUCGCCCUCCUCUGCAUUAUCAUCUACGUUGUGAGAUUAACGAAUUAG